UCUUUUUUUUUUUUUUUGUGCACUUGGGGAGGGGGUGAACUACUCUAUCGCUUUCCUUCACAGCUCUCUACAGCUGAUACUCAUAGGGUGCCCCCCUCUCUACAGAAAACAAAUGAAAAAAACAGUCCAAACUGUCCUCCCCCCCCUCUGAUUUGGAUUCUCCCAAUUUGUUUUCCCUUCCUUGAAUUGUUCCUUUCACUCUCUCUCUCUCUCUCUCUCUACUACAGUCAGACCACACUCACCACCACCACCACCUCACCCUCACUCAUUCUCUCUCUCUCUGGGUCUGGGGCCUCUGGUUUUUCUUCACAUUCUGAACCCCAUUGACUCCUUAGUAUUUCAGGAUUCAUCAUUUGUUCAUGUCCGAGCUCAUUUCCUCAUGUUGUUCAGGCCCAUGAUCUCAAAAUUCAUGGGGAGACAUGAAGUGAAACCAUGAACUCAAGCUCAUCAGUCCCGCCUCGCUUAGCCCUCAUCUGCACCACCACCACCACCCCUCUCCUCCUCCUCUUCCUCCUCCUCCUCCUCCUCUCCCCACCUCCCUCAUUCUCUCGCCAGGGGCUUUCGUUCGAGGGGAAGACCCGGCUCGGGUCGACCCCGCCGAGCUGCCACAACAAGUGCAACGGGUGCCACCCCUGCAUGGCGGUCCAAGUGCCGAGCGUGCCCGCGGCAGCGAAGGCGGGUCGCGAGAAGAGGAGAGAGAAGGCGAGCCGGCCGGCCGAGUUCGUCGACCCGUCCCCUGCAUCCCCAGGUAGAUACUCCAAUUACAAGCCCUUGGGCUGGAAAUGCCGGUGUCGCAACCACUUGUUCAACCCCUAGUCAUACACACUGGUCAGUUGUUGGACACAUUGGUCCGAGGUUUAUCAACUUAAUAUGAAGCCCCGCCUCUAUAUAAAAAAUCAAAAGGCAUUGCCAAGUUAUCGGCGGCGAAUUCUUAUCGUUCUUCCCGAAAUCCCACGUUGGCUUUUGUUGCGAGAGAGAGAUCUCGGACCUCUUUUUUCAAUUGCAUGCAAUUCCAAUGUCAAGUGUUGUGUUUUUUGGGGAUUAGGAUUUAGUAAUGAGAUGAUAUGGUAUGAUAACAUCAUAUUGUACUUCAGUUUUGUAGUCGGAGGAUGCUUUGAGAGAGAGAGAGAGAGAGUUUAUGUGCGUGUGUUUUAAUUAAGUGUGUACAAUCGUUGAAAUUACAUACAGAUGUACAGAAAGUCUGUGGACAGAUGAUCUUUCGCAGUAUGACAUUACAAUGAAAUUUUCUUUCCUUUUUUUAAAA